CGUGCAUGGCAUAAUAACGCACUCCCAAGCUUCCAUGGUUUGACGAGACACACAAAUCUAGUAACAAGCCCCUGAACACCCGCCUGUAGAUGCAAACUGAGGUGGCCGCGGAGAAACUGCAGAAUGACAUCGGAUCAGGACGGCGUCUCUCGCUUGAGAGCCAAGGUCAAGCUUCCAGGUGCAGGUCUCUUAAUCCUGAAUCCAGUCCGCCAUAAAAAGGCCAAGGCUCCGAAGACGAAGACAGGUUGCAAGCAAUGCAGACGUCGGCGUAUCAAAUGCGACGAGGACAAGCCCUCAUGUCGACGAUGUGUCAAGGCAGGGUUAUCGUGUGGCAUUUCACUGCCAUCUGUAUUAGUUCCCGGCACUGUAUCUGAUUGCCGCAUCUUGCUGGAGCCCAACUACGUCCUUAACCUCUUCAAGGACCAGCAACAGUGGGACACGUUCUCCGUCUUCAUCUUCUCCAACGAACAAGCCGGUACCAUCCCGGUCAGUACAUUAUCGGCCAUGACUCCACAGAUCGCCCACCAAAAUGUGGCCGUCCGUGAGGUCUGCUGUGCUAUUGGCGCUGCCACCAGCUCCUUUACCAUCCCCGAAUCAGACCCAGCUGCCGAUGAGAUGCUGUAUCAAAUGUCGCUUAUGCAUUACAACCGAGCCCUUCGAGCGGUAAGGGAAACGGAAUCGUCAACUAGCGCACUCCUCACUGUGGUUGUUGUAUCUAUUCUGUUUGUCACCUACGACAUGUUGCGCGGAGACAUGCCCACCGCCUUUAUCCAUUUCAACUAUGCUUAUCGGAUUUUCGAUGCCUACUUCGAACAGAGAUGCAGAGAGACCAAAUUGCCAUUUUCCAAGCUACCUCUCUCCUCCUUCGAGGCAGCUGCGGUUGAGAUGCUGCAACGACUCACCACCCAACCAUGGACUCUCGACUUGGGCUUUUCUGGAUCCCGGGUCGAACAUAGCAUAGAAUGGCCCUCUUAUAACCUCAAAAAUCAACACUCUAUGCUAGACAUGCCGGAGUCCUUCCACGACCUGGCGAAGGCCCUCAAGUGGUUAGACGUGACGCAAAACUUUGUGCUCCACCGCAUGCAAGCCAACAAUGUUCAGUCAUUCUCAUCGACGCCAUUGCCGGAUUCACAACAUGAUGUUUCGUCAAAAGAGAGCAUCACCACUGAUGCUCAGAGAAAGACGGCGCCUGAAAAUACAGCAUGGGAUGAAUCAUUCGGAUCCCUUCAAAGGUGGCACAAGAACUUCGCACCUCUCCUCCAAUCCGCAAGGCAGAGGAAAGCAGAUGAGCCCUCCUCACUCCUCCAGGCCUGCAUUUUGGAGUCAGUCUAUCUCGAGACUCUAACAAAUCUCUAUGUGCAUCAUCGUCGGGAUGUCAACCUCCUACCAGACGUGAGGCAAGUCUAUCGUGAGAUAAUAUACACUGCGGGAGAGCUGCAGCAGGAUUACCAGGGACCCACGAAGGCCUCUUUUCUGGACAACGCAAUCAUGCGGCCAUUGACUUUCGUGCUGUGGAAAUGCCGCGAUGCGGAUGUACGUCAGGAUGUGAAGGAUAUUCUGGUGGGGUGUGACAAGAGUUCGCGGAUGGCGGCCGCUCUGUUGAGUAUGAUGGAUAGGAAACAAGGAGACGAGAUACCACAAAAGAUGAGAAAUAUUGAGCGGUCACUUGGUUGGUAUUUUACAGCGUGCGGGUGUAGUUCAGGAGCUAUCAAACUUGGUUGAAUACGUGCCAUUUAGAAUACCUAGAUCAGCUCAGAAAAUGAGGGGUGGGUUAUAGCUAGGUCGCGUGGGACUGGGUGAAAUUUCAAGUGCGGUUCCAAAUAGACAUUUCGGCACAGCAACAGUCAACCAC